AUGGAGGGAGAGGGCUCCUACACGCUGCCGACGGGCACCGAGUACCGGGGGGCGCUGAAGGACGGGAUGUUCCACGGCGAGGGAGAGCUGCUGUUCCCCAACGGCGGCAGAUACCGGGCGGUCUGGCACCGCGGGGUGCCCACGCAGGGGAAAUACACUUUUGCAGAUGGUCUCGAAUACAAAGAUAAAAAAUGGCAUUACUGUGAUGGCUACGACAGAAGAUUUUAUACAGAAAUCUGUUCUGGUCUUAAACCAGCAGACAUUUCUCAGCUUACAAAUCUGGAUCCUCCCAAGAAAAUCCCAGAAGGAUGUUACGACUGUGGUGAGGGAUUCUAUAAUCCUGAAACCAGAGUUAUCGUUGACUACAAACUCAGGUUUCUGAGAAACGCAGAUGACAAUGAGCAUGAAUGGAUCGUUCGGACCUGCCGGAAAGCUUGGGACGAAACAAUUGAACAUAAACCGAAACCAUGA